UCCUCUGCCGGCCGCCGUCCUCGGAAGCCGCGCUGAGACGAGGUAAAGCAAGGCGGGCAGCCUAGCCACGCCCGCCAUCUUGCCCCCCGCGGCUCCCGGAGCUGUUCGCCGGAGAUGGUCUGAAGAGCCACAGGGAUCUUUUGAGAGGAGACGUUGUCCUUCUGUGCCCAGCUGCUGGAUUGUUGGUGGUGAUGGCCGGGGGAAGGAGGGGGCCUAACCGGACAUCUUACUGCCGCAAUCCUCUCUGUGAAACUGGAGCUGCAGGGAGUGGUGGCCAUUCCACCAGCUCUUCAGUCACCAGCGUGCGCUCCCGUACCAGGAGCGGUUCAGGAACAGGCCUUUCCAGUCCUCCGCUGGCAACUCAAACGGUGAUUCCUCUCCGGCACUGCAAGAUCCCUGAGCUCCCUGUGGAGAGGAGCAUCUUGUUUGAACUCCAGCUCUUUUUCUGCCACCUAAUCGCUCUCUUUGUCCAUUACAUCAACAUCUACAAAACAGUAUGGUGGUACCCGCCAUCUCACCCUCCUUCCCAUACCUCUUUGAAUUUUCAUCUCAUUGACUUCAAUGUCCUAGCAGUGACUACCAUCGUUCUGGCACGAAGGUUGAUUGGCGCUAUUGUGAAGGAGGUGAAGGAGGCUUCUCAUGCUGGCAAAGUCUCCCUGCCACGUUCCAUUUUUCUUGUGGUCACUCGCUUUGCUGUCCUUACUGGCACAGGCUGGAGUUUGUGCCGAUCCAUAAUCCAUCUCUUCCGGACCCAUUCGCUGCUCAACCUCUUGUUCUUGUGUUAUCCGUUUGGCAUGUACGUCCCCUUCCUGCAGCUGAACUGUGACUUCCGUAAGACGGGUCUCUUCUCCCAUGUAGCCAACAUUGGCCCUCGGGAUACGGGGGAUGCCAGCUCAAAGGGCAAGGACUACCUUUCUGUUCUCAAGGAGACCUGGAAGCAGCACACCCGACAGAUGUAUAGCACAGAGGCCAUGCCCACCCAUGCCUGCUGCCUCUCUCCAGACUUGAUACGCAACGAGGUGGAGUACCUGAAGAUGGACUUCAACUGGCGCAUGAAGGAGGUGCUGGUGAGCUCCAUGCUCAGUGCCUACUAUGUGGCAUUUGUUCCUGUCUGGUUUGUCAAGAGCACUCAGUAUUACGACAAGCGGUGGUCCUGUGAGCUGUUCCUCUUGGUCUCCAUCAGCACUUCUGUCAUCCUCAUGCAGCAUCUACUGCCGGCCCGCUAUUGUGACCUCCUCCACAAGGCCGCGGCGCAUCUCGGCUGCUGGCAGAAGGUUGAUCCGGCACUUUGCUCCAAUGUGCUGCAGCACCAGUGGACCGAGGAGUGCAUGUGGCCCCAGGGGGUACUGGUAAAACACAGUAAAAAUGUCUACAAAGCAGUGGGCCAUUACAAUGUGGCAGUGCCUUCCGAUGUCUCCCACUUCCGCUUUCACUUCUUUUUCAGCAAACCCCUGAGGAUCUUGAAUAUCCUGAUUCUCCUGGAAGGGGCAGUCAUCUUCUACCAGCUGUACUCGCUGAUCGCGUCGGAGAAGUGGCACCAGACCAUCUCCCUGGCCUUGAUCCUCUUCAGCAACUACUAUGCCUUCUUCAAGCUUCUGCGGGACCGGCUGGUGCUGGGGAAGGCUUACUCCUAUUCUGCCAGCAGAGAGAGUGAUCAGAAGCUGAACUGAAGGCAUCGCACUUAUUUGGAGUAUAAGCAUCGAGGAGAGAGCUGGUGGACCCUGACUGUAUCGGGGGUGGCCGGUGACGGCUCCACUGUCUAUUCUGCAGGGUCUGUUCUGCCCGACCUAAGAAGCCUGCCCCGGGAGCCCUUGACGCCUUGUAAAAAGGGGCAAGGAUGCUGGGGCGCAUUCUCAAAUGGUGUGUAGUCGGGCCGGUCCUGAGCUUUGUAACUUUUUUACCACUGCUCUUGUUUUUUUGUUUGUUUGAUAACUGAUACAAUUAUGAAAAACCUUAUUUUUGUACUCCCAA